UUGCACGAAAGCACGGAAGCAGCUGAUGAACCAUCAAACAAACAACACUGUUUGUCAACAAAUUUGGUCUGGUUUUUGUUUACGUCUCAGAUUAGAACCGAUGCGAUGCGGAAUUUUGUGUGAACUUAAAGCUGUUUUCAUUAAAUUACUUAAAUUAUCAGUUUGGACUGGUUUUCGAAUCCGUCGCAUCAUGGGCAUUCGCCACUUGGAGACAUAUGUGUGCACUGAGGUACGCAACGGUCACUUCAGGGUCAACAUCGAAGCCGAAAUCAGAAAGUACAAUGCCCGUGCACGUGAGCCGAACCCUACUCCGCCCGUUAUCGUGAUCGAUCUCAUGUCCCUGUUCAAUCCGGUGUCUCAGGCCGACCUCCCGGGAUUGCUCUGUGGCGGACGGUUCAACCAGGUGGCACACAUGCUGGAUAGGUUCUUUGCAAAGCUUGCCAAUCUAGGCGCGCGUCUGGCGUUCUUCUACGAUGGACCUACACAGGACACCAAGCACGAUACCUGGGUGCAGCGGCAGGACGAUAAGUACCAAAACAUGAUCGAGGUGAUCGACGCCGUUGAUCGCGGAUCAGACUUGUACUGGAUGGCCAACCGGAUGCAGCGUUCCAUUCCCAGCAAUACAAUGUACCCGCUCUGGCAUAUGGCCUCAAAGUACGGCGAAAUCAAAGUUUCCAUUCUGAAGGAAUGCGACCAGGAAUUGGCGGCCUAUGCGAACCAGGUCGGAGCUAUUGCCAUCAUCUCCAACGACACGGACUUCAUGAUCUACAAGGGCUUUUGGCGGUACUGGUCGGCUAAGGCCAUCAACUUCGAGACGCUUGAAACUAUGGAGUUCAACCGCGUGGCACUGGUCCGGAACUUGGGUUUGAGUUUCAAGCAGAUGCGUUUGUUGGCCACUUUGGGCGGGAAUGACAUGAUCAAGUAUGAAGAGGUUCGACACUUCCAUUCCAAACUUGGACAUCCCAAGGAGAAGUUUCCAAGACUGGCCGACUUUGUACGGCAGCAACCACUGCCGGACACGCUGCAUCAGGAGGCGCCUCUAAGUGAAUUGCUCACACGGGUCUUUGGAAGAGCCGCCGUCAACAAUGACCUGAAGGAACGUUUUAAGGCUAGUUUGGAUUUCUAUGAAACGGAAUACCAAACUCCAGAUAUCAACGUGUCCAAUGAUCCCGUGGCCGAUAUGCUGUUCAAAUUGGAAAACACGUUCCUGUACCACAUUUGGAUCAAUCGACCCGUCAAAGUAACGGUAUUUUUCCUAGACAUGCGAACCGGAGAGUUCGGAGAGCAGUACCCGAAUUUGGUGAUUCCGAUAGUUAUGCGCAAGGCGGGUAUCAUCCUUUACCACAGACAGAUGCUUCCGGAUAGCUCAUCGCGUACGAUCGUCGCCAAAAUGAGUCACGAUGUUGGCCAUUCGCUCCAAACCUUGCCGGUUGAAUUUCCACAGCAUAUCGCACCGCCUCCUUUGUUGGAUCUGCUAUCGGAACAGGACGACAUCCAAGCAAGCCUGGAAGACAUCAAGCUGCAACUUUUCGGCUGGAUAGCUUCCGAUACCUUGGAUCAUCACCAAUUUAAAUCCAUACCGGAGCGUUUUCGAGUGCCUGUACUAACUCUCUACUUCCUGGUGGAGAAACACAUACUGCAAGUGUUCGAGGCGGACAUUCUUCUGCAGGUGGUUUACGACGUAGCGUUUCAAACGUACGAUUGCGAGAUGGUUCGGUAUCCAGCUAAACUAGGCAAACGGCCCUUCCGGCUAGCGUUCCUAUUCAUAAAGAUCUACAAACAAUUCAACAGGGCUGGUAACAUGCUGGGAUUCAAAAGGGAACCUUUCUAUAAUUUUGACGGAGUGCUUUUUCACAAUCGGUACGCGGAAUGGACGACACGUGGAGCUGGUAGUUUGGAGCAAAUUAAGGAUUUGAGGAUCUACGAUGGAUUGGUGGAUUAACGACUUGGGAUGGGCUUUGAGCUAGUCACGAGCAACUGAACAUGGCGUCCUUGAUUAUAAGAUCGAAAAACCAUGUAUAAAUAAUGGAAAUUUUGAACUGAUCAAUAUGAAUUGCAUACAAAUUUACAUCUUAAUAAUGAACUUCUUUUCUUUCGAUGACCCUCCAGUUGUACUCCAGACAAUACAAGUCGUCCUUUAAGAGUAGGCUUUGGAACGACGGAUAUCACCGGAGGAAAAGACUUGAGCUCACAAUAAACGCUUGAGAACUUGUGCGGGAACGGAUAGGAAAUUUUAUUCACUAACCAACUCUGUUACCAAUUGUUACAACCUAGGAUAGGACGUGACACCUGCAGCUUUCUAAUUUCAUAGCUUGCUGUCUUGUUUAUCUGCGUUGCUUAGAUUACUGGUAAACAAAGUGGUUCCUCUUAGGCAGACUAGUUGCCGAUUGCCUACUACAACAAAAGCUCAAACCAAAACAUUUUGAUGAUUUUUUUUUUCGAGGAGUUACGUCUGUUUGUCUGCGAUCAAACUUUCAAUGAAUCCAAAAAAAAACUACAUAGAAUUUUACUUUCAUAGGUUUUUAUUAUGACUGCUGGAAUGUCGUGGAGGAAAUGAGACAGAUGCUUAGAGGAGUUGAA